AUUUUACAUUGGAUCUUUUAAUCUUUAAUUCAUUUAAAUACAUUUCAAAGAAAUUUAUUUAAUGCUUUCCUGGAUUUACGCCUCAGAUUUUUAUAUUGUUUGUCGGCAAGAAGCAUGAUGUUUUGCAGUCUUCUCGAGUUUUAUUAAUUCACACAGCAAGUAAAACACAAACUUGAGGAAUUGUGUAGUUAUUUACAUACGAUGGGAGAACCGUCCAGUGAUAGUAACACGUAUGGCAUGGAAAAUUGGACGAAAGAAGAGAAAUAUAAUCUUUUCCAAGCACUGAAAGUAUGUGACUUCCACGAUUAUGAAAAACUAAGUACAUUCAUUACCACUAAGUCCAUAGACGAUAUUCGAGGCGCUAUAGCACAUUACAAGAACAAGAUAUCUAAACAUCCAGUUUUGUAUAAGAAAGUGAAAAAAAGUAUUAAGAAGACUGGAGGCAACCUUAUACCACUGACAGAUUGGGCUAAAUUUCUCACAGAAUCUUUAAACUUGAAGGAUCUUCGUACAGAGACUGCAACAGCUCUUCGUUUGAUAGCAGAUUUUGAAGAGUUUCCUGCACCCAUUUGCACAAAUAAUAUAGAUUUCAGUAAGAUAUAUCACACAUUGGCAAAUGCAUUAGAAGGCAAAGCACUGACUAAAGAUAAAAUGAUAAUUUCAAUGAUGGAUAAGUGCCUAAUUGAUUCAGCUUUGACAAGUAAAGCUUUUAUUAGGUCAUCAAGUUUUAAAAAUGUUCUUAAGACACUUAACAUGUCUGAUAAUGAAUUAAAUUCAUUUCCUCAUUAUACAGAUAAUCAAGAGCUGGCUAACAUAAGACAUUUAGCUUCACUGAGGUCAUACAACCCGCUUAACUUAUCUGAGGAUGUUUUAAGACCAUCCUGAAAUUGUUUAAUAAAUAUUAUUCUAUCUAUGU